AUGUCGCUAAAAGUUCAUGAUACUUUCUUAUCCUGGGAUGAAUAUUUUCAAGCAGUUGAAAUACACUGUAAUAAAACAUUCCAACCCAUGGUUAAACAUGGUUGCAAGCUAACGGUAACAGCUAAUGCUAAGAUCAAGGUCGACCAAAGACCUUAUCCUGAAAUGUUUAAAUACGUGUACUAUAAUUUAAUUUGCACACAUGGUGGAUUCAAUUCAAGCAAAGGAAUAGGGAAAAGAAAUUCAGGAUCAGCAAAAAAUAACUGUCCAGCUAAAAUUUAUGCUGCUUUAACAAAAGAUAGAACAAAAAUAAUUAUUAAACAAAUGAUAGAAACGCACAAUCAUGUUAUUGAACAAGAUCUUUACAAACACUAUGUCCAAAAUAGAAAGCUAUCAAAUGAAGAGAAGGCCAAAGUUAAAGAACUGAGUCGUCUUGGUGUUACUACUAAAGUAAUUGCUGAUGAAAUGAGAAAGAGUACAGGAAAAUCCAUAGUAAAUAAGGACAUUUGGAACAUUAAGGAUAAAAUUCGUCAAAAAGAAAAAAUAUGCCCAUCUUCAAGAAAUGUUUUAAAUGUUGCAGAACUGCUAGUGAAAGUAGUUGAGAAAAGAAGAGAGAGUGAUCUUGGACUGGUAUCACAAUAUGGUAUGUCAGAUGAUAAUACUCUUCAGUAUUUAUUUGUUCAAACUAGUGUAAUGAGAUCCAUAUUUAGUAAGUUUCCUGAGCACAUUUGUAUUGAUACCACCUACUGUCUCAACAACAGUGAUAUGCCACUGGUAUCAUUUUUAUGCAUGGAUGGGAAUGGUUUUUCCCACGUAAUUGCUUUUGCUUUAAUUGCUAAUGAGUCAGAAGUGAUGUUUAGUCAAAUUUUUAAAACCUUUAAAGCUUAUAAUGUUUCUUGGAAUUCCAUUAAAACAUUUAUGAUAGACAAAGAUAUGAGUGAGUUAACAACACUGGAGCAAAAUUUUCCUAAUAGUUUUUGUGAAAUUUGUUUGUUUCAUGUUAAAAAAGCUUUCAAGAAAAAGGUUGCAGACUUAUCAUGUACCAUUGAUGUUAAAAGAAAAAUUUCUGUAUAUCUGGAUACACUUUGUCAUUCAAGAGAUCAGUCAAUAUAUGAAAAACAGAAACAGUUGCUUUUGUCUCUUAAUGAGUGCUUUGCAGAAUACUUUUUAAAUAAUUGGGAUCAUAUGCGUGAUCGUUGGGUUUUUUAUAAACGAGCAACACAUUUAAACUUUGGCGACACCACUAAUAAUAGAAUCGAAUCUUAUCAUCAGAAAUUGAAAAGUGUAAUAACUCACCCAAUAGAUUUACAUCAGUGUCUUGAAAAAAUAUUCUUUUUAAAUGACAUGUUUUUAGAGGAGUGCAAAUUUAAGCAAUUUAAAAGUUUAACGAAAAAAUACUUUUCCGAGUUGUCCUACCUUCACAACAUAAUUACACCAUAUGCUAUAAAACAUGUAUCAUUGAGCUUGUAA